AUGGCGACAGAACUGUGCCAUAAUAGUUUCAAUUUGAAGCAACCAAAGAAGUUUAGACGUCUCAGGGCCAGCAGCCUCGGGUUUGAUGUCGAUGGGGCCAAUUAUCUUAUCGUAAAGCUCCCCAGUUCGCGUGUCGUGACGAUUCUCGUCCUUUCUGUGAUCUUGGCAUGUGCCAUCGUUUCGUUUCCCUGGUUCCGUUCAGUUUUCGGCAGAUCCAUGAACUCGUAUGAUGCCGCUUUUGAUGAUCCUGUCAACUUGGAGAUCGUGCCAGUGCUUUUCAAUGACUUGGCAAAUGAAGGCCUGCUGAGAACAGGACAGAAGGCAUUGUUUAUAACCGACGGUGAUGAUGGGGUGGCGAGUCUAAGCUCCUCGGUUCUACGAGACGACAUUGAGAUGGAUCAGAUCCAUGUGAUGGACUUAGAUCGUCAGAGUUCAAUCCGUGAAGAGAGUUUCGAUUUUGUCUUCACUUACGGGUAUGAAGCUGCAUCGACGUUCAUUGACAAAGCCCUCAAGAUGGAUGGUGUUCUUGCCGUCCAACUAAGCGAGGACCCUUCUGAAAUGUUUGAAGUACCAUCCAAUUAUAGGAUCGUCUACUUUAGGAAGUUCAAUUCCCCAAUCCUAGCCAUGAGGAGGCUGGGACGUGAGCAGGCUGAUGAUGAUGCCUCUCCUGGACAGAGGAGGCUGAUGGGGACGGCAACAGAGGAGGAGAAGAAGGCUGCGCUGAGGAACCUUGAGGAUGUGCUGCUUGAGCCGCCACGGUCCGCGUCCAGGAGGUCGAGCAGGUACCUAAAGAAGACUAGGUACCUGCCUGACCUGAUGGGCGACAGGCUGGCACUGGAGAGGUACCCAAGGCGAGUAUUCAUCGAUGUAGGGAUGCCAGAGAAGGAUUCUGGGGGGAGCAGCAGCACAGAAUGGUUUGCCGAGAACUACCCGACCAGGAACCUGGACUUUGAGAUGUACACAAUCGAGACGGUAGGGGAGGAGGACCAGGAGGCGGAAGUGGCACAGGGCCAGGCCGAGGCACAGGACCGUGGCGGGAUGUCGGAGUGGCUGAGGGCAAACGUGAGGGAGGAGGAAUACGUGGUGAUGAAGGCGGAGGCGGAGGUGGUGGAGGAGGUGAUGAUGAGCAGAGCCAUAAGGCUUGUGGAUGAGCUUUUCUUGGAGUGCAAGCCAAGGGGAAGGAGUAGGAGGGCUUAUUGGGAAUGUUUGGCUUUGUAUGGAAGGCUUAGGGAUGAGGGUGUAGCUGUGCAUCAAUGGUGGGGCUAA